ACAUUAGAAUGAUUAGUUAUUGCCCUCGUCUAUUUUCAUUCAUAAAUGUUGUUCUUUUUUUAAAAAUAAAUUUUAAGCGGGAAUUUAUUUUUAACUUGGUACAUCUCCAUAGUUUAAAGUUCGGACAGUAGUUUUGAUUCUUAUAAAUCCUCCGGUUGUCCAAAAAAUAUUAUUAAAAUGUCAACUCUGAAAAAAUCCGCGAAACCUAAAUUUAUAUCAGAAGAUCUGAGUGAUUUUAUAAACGAGUCACAAUUUUUAAAUGAGUCUCCAAAAAACAAGAAGCAACCGAAACGACGAGUUGAAACAGUUGAAAAAGACAUUCCAAACUUAAGUCUUCAUGCAAGUGGUAUAAAGAAAAAGAAAAUAAACAACGGAAUAGAAGCUUGCGGCGAAUCGCGACAAAAAAUACUCAAUGUAAUGAGUAGGCAACUAGAGUCUAGGAAGCAAAUUAAUGAAAAUUUAUUAAAAAGUUUGUCAGAAGUUCUUACUCAUUUUGAGGCUGAUUAUAAUGCCUUGAAAGAAAACGAACAGAAAAUUGAGCAUCUUACUGGGUCAUUUAUGAAAUGCAUACAACAAGCUACAGCUGCACAUAAACAAAAGCUACGAGCUUUUAAGGAAAUUCAUACAACUUUCAAAAAAGAAUGUGAAGAAAUGGAAGCAGAACAAAAAGCAGAAGUAGAUAAAUUAGGAGAUGAAUUAGAAGAGGACAUUAACAAGUUAAAACAAAAAUUAAUAUCAGAAACAAAGCGCAGUGGAUGGGAGACAUUACGAAGAUCUUUUCUGCAAGCUAUGCAAAAUGAUUUUUAAUGCUCCAUAAUAUAGAACUAAUUAUUUAGUUUAAGUGCUUCAGUACAUGUAACUAAUUAUUGUAUAACUCAAUUGUUUUGUCAAUUUCUCUGUAAAAAUAAAUAAAGCAUUCAGAUAAUUAUUUUA